AUGCUAAUCCGUGACAAACAGCGGGGGAUGGAAUCCAUAAACAGGCUUGAGAAGGAAGGAUGCGACCCGAAGAGGCUAAUUCUUCGGCAUAUGGAUUUGGCUCUUCUCAGCUCAGUGAGGAGUUUUGCAGAAGAGUUCAGCAAAGAGGUUCCUCAUCUCGACAUCCUCAUUUGUAACGCUGGAGUUCUGCGGCUCCCUAAGUUCGCAAAAACCGUUGAUGGAUUCGAGAAAACAUGGCAGUGCAAUUACUUAGGU